CAUAAUAAACCAAUGGGAGAAUUAACGUGUAAAACGGAAGGAUUACUAAAAGAAAACAGCGGCGAGCGAGUUAUCUGCGAGAUAGAGCCUGCACGGGACAGCUGGACAGGUGAUACUGUAUGCGAAGCGCUCACUCUAUUACAGGUCUAUUAUAGUGACAAGUGUACCGCCUAGGCUACAGGUGAAUCUGCCAUUUUCUCCCUCUUCUGCUGGCAUUACUACAGUACUGCUUUGGAAAUGCCAGAGGGACCAGAACUCCAUCUUUCCAGUCUCUUUGUUAACAGAGUAUGUGCUGGGCAAAUCUUUGGGGGCAAGGUGGAGAAAUCAGCGGUUAGCAAAAAUGCAGAGGUACCAUUCAGCUGCCCAGAGUACACCAUCAGCGCAGUGUCUCGAGGAAAAGAGGUGAAACUGAUCCUCACCCCGCUGUCAGAUACGGCACAAGUCGCCCAUGUUGUCGUCAGAUUUGGCAUGUCCGGAAGCUUCAGGUUCACCACAGAGGGCGAAAUGCAUAAACAUGCUCACCUGCGCUUCUACACCAAACAUUUUCCUCGGCAAGUUCUCUGCUUUGUGGACCCACGUCGCUUUGGAACCUGGGCAUAUAAUGCCCCGUGGCAGCCAGAUCGUGGGCCAUGUGUGAUGAUGGAAUAUGAAAAGUUCAGAGAGAGAGUUUUGAGUAACUUGUCGGACAAGGCAUUUGACAAACCAAUCUGUGAAGCUUUGCUGAACCAGAAGUACUUCAAUGGCAUUGGCAACUACCUGCGAGCCGAGAUCCUAUUUCGAUUGCAGAUUCCUCCAUUUAUGCAAGCUCGAGCUGCCCUUGAAACUGUGAAGCACCACGAUCAGAAUGGUGACCUCACUCUCAGUAAGAAGAUCAAAAUCAAGAAGGAAAAUCCUGAUCUUCUGCAGCUCUGCCAUUUGGUUCCCUUGGAGGUUGUAAAGUUAGGAGGUAAAGGUUAUGAGCCUGGACAAUCAAAUGAUUAUUCUGCCUUCCUAAAGUGGGUUCAAUGUUACUUUGUUCCUGGAAUGAAAACAUUGAGAGACAGCAAUGGGAGAACGAUCUGGUUUCAGGGAGAUCCAGGUCCUCUUGCUCCAAAAGGGAAAAAAGCACGCAAGCAACGCAAAUCUGUGGAUACCGACUCAAAGCCAAUCAAGGACGAGAAGACAGCAUCCAAAAGAAAAGCGAGCAGGGAGAAGACAACACCUGUGAAAAAAGAGCGUAAGGUAAAAGUAAAGGUUGAACCAAAAGAAGAAGCAACAGCAGGAAAGAAGGUGGGAAAGAAAACCCAAAAUGUGGUGGAAGAAGAGAAAACCAUUAAAAAACAAAAGCGAGCAAAGAGAGUACAGAGAGGCAAAAGAGCAGGUGAAGACAUUGAAGAGAAGAUUAAUAGGAGACCAUCCCAUCGAAGUCCAGCACUGAAUACUCCAUUAAGAAGAGGCAAAGCUGUGCUACUACAGCCAGAGGAUACCCUUACUCCUAAACCCCGAAGACUUAGAUCCAACACAAGCCUCCUGCCACAGGGCUCUCCAAAGAUAAAAUUGAGAACAAAGAGAAAAUCUGCUGUACGUGUGACGGAACAGAAGUCCUAAAGGAGCCACCCCCGCAAACUUGUUGCUGAGAGUCCACUGAGGCUCCGCUGUAUGUUAUACCAUUUAUCACGGCAAUUAACUGUACAUUUUGAAAGUGUUAGUCUUUUAAAAUAAAAUAUCUGAUUUUUGUAUAUGCAAUUUUAUAGCUAUAAUAAAACUUUUUAAAAUGAAAA